AUGCCUGGUUAUCGAUGUUAUGUCGAAGGAUGCUUUAAGACCACGAAACGAAAGGACCAUAUGGCUGACCAUGUACGCACGCACCUUGGUGAAAAGCCCUUUCAGUGCAGUGUUUGCGGAAUGGGUUUUAUUCGCAAUAAUGACUGUCAGAGACACGAGAAUAAUCAUCGCCCCGAUAAGAAGUUUGUCUGCGAUUGGUAG